AUGCACCUCACCACUUGCCUCACCGCAUUGGCCCUCGCCAGCAUGGCAGUGGCGGACCAGGCCAUCCAUAUUGAUGGUGUGGGAUGCGGUCUCUUCAACGGUAAUGGCGGGGUGGAAGUCGCGGACAAAGCCCGUGUCACCAUUACUAGCUCCGGCAACGGAAUUUUGACCUGCAAGGCCGAGGUGGACCCGCCGGCGAGUGGGAAAGCUGUGACCUACAGCCGCAAGAAUGUGAACGAGCUUUGUGGUGUGAACGGUGGUUUGACGGACGACUGGCACGAGACGGUCAGUGCCAGUGGGCAGGCCACCCUUACCUGUCGUAUCAAACAAUGA